CAGAUUUCAAGACCCAUCUUAUUCACAGAAUAUACCUACUGCUGAGAGCUGGAAAAUCUGUUUAAGAUAUUUCCAGACUUUCUUUUUCGACAGAAUAUGACAGAUACCUAGCAUCCAGCAAAAGCAUGGCAGCAGCUUACCUAGAUCCAAACUUGAAUCACACUCCGAGUUCAAGCACAAAGACGCAUCUCAGUACGGGGAUGGAACGUUCCCCAGGGGCCAUGGAACGAGUCCUAAAGGUUUUCCAUUACUUUGAAAACAACAGCGAGCCAGCAACAUGGGCGAGUAUUAUACGCCACGGGGAUGCUACAGAUGUUUGGGGCAUAAUCCAGAAAAUAGUGGAUAGUCAUAAAGUUAAGAAUGUAGCCUGUUAUGGUUUACGGCUCAGUCACCUGCAGUCGGAGGAUGUUCAUUGGCUUCAUCCAGAUAUGGGAGUGUCCAAUGUGAGAGAGAAAUUUGAACUAGCUCAUGCUCCAGAGGAAUGGAAAUAUGAACUGCGAAUCCGAUAUUUACCGAAGGGAUUUCUGAACCAGUUUACUGAAGACAAGCCAACAUUAAAUUUUUUCUAUCAGCAGGUGAAAAACGAUUAUAUGGUAGAAAUAGCAGACCAGGUGGACCAGGAAAUUGCCUUGAAACUAGGUUGCCUUGAAAUCCGGAGAUCGUACUGGGAGAUGAGAGGCAACGCACUAGAAAAGAAGUCCAACUAUGAAGUAUUAGAGAAAGACGUUGGUUUAAAAAGAUUUUUUCCGAAGAGUUUGCUGGAUUCAGUUAAGGCCAAAACACUACGAAAACUGAUCCAACAAACAUUUCGACAAUUUGCCAACCUCAACAGAGAAGAAAGUAUUUUGAAAUUCUUCGAGAUUCUCUCGCCAGUGUACAGAUUUGACAAGGAAUGCUUCAAGUGUGCCCUCGGUUCAAGUUGGAUUAUUUCGGUGGAGCUGGCUAUUGGGCCGGAAGAAGGAAUUAGCUACCUUACUGACAAGGGUUCCAAUCCCACCCACCUGGCCGACUUCCAUCAAGUACAGACCAUUCAGUAUUCGAGCAGUGAAGAUAAGGACAGGAAAGGAGUGCUGCAGAUGAAAAUUGCUGGAGCUCCGGAGCCUCUGACAGUGACAGCGCCAUCCUUAACCAUUGCAGAGAACAUGGCUGAUUUGAUAGAUGGCUACUGCAGACUGGUCAACGGUGCUACACAGUCCUUUAUCAUCAGGCCUCAGAAAGAAGGUGAAAGAGCUUUACCAUCCAUACCAAAGCUGGCCAACAAUGAGAAGCAAGGAAUUCGAUCGCAUGCAGUCUCUGUAUCAGAUGAAAUUAGUGGGGACGAAACAGAUGAUUAUGCAGAGAUUAUAGAUGAAGAAGACACUUACACAAUGCCUUCUAAAAGCUAUGGAAUAGAUGAAGCCAGGGAUUACGAGAUUCAGAGAGAACGGAUUGAACUGGGACGCUGCAUCGGUGAAGGGCAGUUUGGAGAUGUUCAUCAAGGAGUUUACGUGACCCCAGAAAACCCUGCCAUGGCGGUUGCAAUCAAAACGUGUAAAAAUUGCACCUCUGACAGCGUGAGAGAGAAGUUCUUGCAAGAGGCCUUAACAAUGCGGCAGUUUGAUCACCCUCACAUCGUCAAGUUGAUCGGCGUCAUCACUGAAAAUCCAGUCUGGAUCAUUAUGGAGCUCUGUACGCUAGGAGAGCUGAGAUCUUUUUUGCAAGUCAGAAAAUACAGCUUGGAUCUAGCAUCUUUGAUACUGUACGCUUAUCAACUUAGCACAGCGCUUGCCUACUUAGAGAGCAAACGAUUUGUACAUAGAGAUAUUGCUGCUAGAAAUGUGCUGGUAUCCUCCACUGACUGUGUGAAAUUAGGUGACUUCGGUUUGUCCCGGUAUAUGGAAGACAGCACGUAUUAUAAAGCUUCCAAAGGAAAACUGCCCAUCAAAUGGAUGGCGCCCGAAUCCAUCAACUUCCGACGUUUUACCUCAGCUAGUGACGUAUGGAUGUUUGGUGUGUGUAUGUGGGAAAUUCUGAUGCACGGCAUCAAGCCUUUCCAGGGAGUGAAGAACAACGAUGUGAUUGGGCGUAUUGAGAACGGCGAGCGAUUGCCGAUGCCCCCCAACUGCCCCCCCACUCUGUACAGCCUUAUGACCAAAUGUUGGGCCUACGACCCCAGCAGGAGGCCAAGAUUCACAGAACUGAAAGCUCAGCUCAAUACGAUACUGGAGGAAGAGAAGCUCCAGCAGGAAGAACGAAUGAGAAUGGAAUCGAGGCGGCAAGUUACCGUGUCCUGGGAUUCGGGAGGAUCUGACGAGGCUCCUCCCAAGCCCAGCAGGCCUGGUUAUCCCAGUCCGAGGUCCAGUGAGGGUUUUUAUCCUAGUCCGCAGCACAUGGUACAGCCAAAUCAUUACCAGGUCUCAGGUUAUCCCAGCUCCCAUGGGAUUCCAGCGAUGGCAGGUAGCAUUUAUCCAGGACAGACGCCUCUCUUGGAUCAGACUGAAUCCUGGAACCAUCGGCCUCAGGAAAUUUCCAUGUGGCAACCCAACAUGGAGGAUUCCAGCAGUUUGGACCUGCGAGGAAUAGGGCAGGUUUUACCGACACACCUAAUGGAGGAGAGGCUGAUACGGCAGCAGCAAGAAAUGGAGGAAGAUCAGCGUUGGUUGGAAAAGGAGGAAAGAUUCCUGAAGCCUGACGUUCGGCUCUCCAGAGGCAGCAUUGAUCGAGAAGAUGGGAGUCUCCAGGGUCCGGCAUCUAACCAGCAUAUUUAUCAGCCUGUGGGUAAACCAGAUCACUCCGCACCACCAAAGAAACCGCCUCGCCCGGGAGCUCCCAGCCAUUUGGGUAGCAUUGCCAGCCUCAACAGCCCUGUCGACAGCUACAACGAGGGGGUGAAGAUUCAGCCGCAAGAAAUCAGCCCUCCUCCAACAGCCAACUUGGAUCGGUCUAAUGACAAGGUGUAUGAGAACGUCACCGGCCUGGUGAAAGCGGUCAUAGAAAUGUCCAGCAAGAUCCAGCCAGCUCCGCCAGAGGAGUACGUCCCCAUGGUGAAGGAGGUUGGUUUAGCACUAAGGACCCUAUUGGCAACUGUAGAUGAGACCAUCCCUGUACUCCCGACAAGUACUCACAGGGAGAUCGAGAUGGCCCAGAAGCUCCUGAACUCUGACCUGGCCGAACUGAUCAACAAGAUGAAGCUGGCUCAGCAGUACGUCAUGACCAGCCUGCAGCAGGAGUACAAAAAGCAGAUGCUGACGGCCGCUCACGCUCUGGCCGUGGACGCCAAAAACCUGCUGGAUGUUAUUGACCAAGCCAGGCUAAAAUCCAUCGGCCAGUCCCGGCCCCACUAAAGGCAGAGGGUGGAGCC